CGAUAUUAAUGCCAGCCCUGAUUCUGGUGUUACUAUGAGGUGUGCCGUGACACGUUCGACAAAAGUAGCAGCUUUUUAUGACAAUUGUACCGAGAUCAGGAGAUGUAAGUAAGGUCAUGUAGGUACGGAACGUAUGUGCAUGGAUAUGACCUCAGCAUACGUCAUUGCAAAUGUAGACAAAACCAUCCCCCACAUAUGGCAACGCCAUGGAUGCCGUCGAUCCAAACACCAAAAUAUAAAUUAGACUUGCUCGCCUGCAGGCUAACUAUCUGCCCACUUACAACCCAUUUACACUAGAUUUAAUACAUGUACCUCAUAUACUAGAAUAUAGUUUUAAUCUUUUCAAGCACACCAAGAUGACUGAUUCACGAGGAGGCCACUCGUCUGAAAUUGAACAGACACCUCUUGACUCGAAACAGCACGGCCAGGCACAAAACAUCAUCGACGAGACGUCCGCGACGUACGGCAAUACCACCCAGUCGGACCUCGGCGCCAACAUCGAAUCCCACGGCGAGGAGCUCAAGGACAGGGUCGACGGCGCCGUGAAAACCGGACCCAAGAAAGCGGACCAAAGCUCGGGCGGUAGAGUGCAGGUCGGCGAGACGGGAGACUUGCAUGAUCUUGCUGCGAAGAGGCAGCCUUAGGGGGGAAGAGAAAGCAUUUACGACUUUGGCUAGUUUGUCUGGUUGUGUGGUGAACGGUUUGUGUAUAACAUGGGAGUUAGGUGGAAUUAGGCAACUGUUUCGAUACGGUAUAUGAAGGUAAAGGGGCCUAUAAGAGGCAUGAUAUAAUGACUAUGGCUUCUUGAAAUCAGUAGCGAAGGGUCUAGUGAAUAAAUAUUAGAAAAGUAAAAGGAAUUCUGAUUUAAGCUUAUAGCAUAGACAUAACGCUCAGAAAAGCACCAACUACCUCCUACCUACCUACCUAUAUAUAAGGUAUACUUCGAGUUGGUUCUAAGCUUGACUUAAGAGCUUGAUAGAAAACAUGCCUCGUUCACUGGCGCCAUGCCAGUUUUCUACAACAUCUCUGUCUCUACCUCUGGUAACACCCUUGCGUAGCCGAGCUACAUCCUUUCUUCAAGAUCCUCUCCUGGAGAAUAAACCAAAAUGCGUGGGGGUAAAUAGAAGAGAUGAAGAGUAUUGCAGGCCAAAUGUUUACCUAAGUGAUAUACGUACGAGCUCAAGGGCCUAUUUCGGGAUCGUCUUCAGACGUCUAUCUAAUACAAAGGAGGGUCACAUCGAUAUAUACCCGCGG